AUGGUCCUUUGGGAGAUAUUUUGUUUAUUAAUCUUCUUGGAGAAAAGUUGGGGACAGGAACAAACCUAUGUCAUAUCUGCACCCAAAGUACUGCGUGUUGGUGCAUCUGAAAAUGUCGUGAUUCAAGUCUAUGGGUACAUGGAGGCAUUUGAGGCAGUAAUUUCUAUAAAAAGUUAUCCUGAUAAAACAUUUACUUAUGCUUCAGGCUCUGUCACCUUAUCCCCAGAAAAUAAAUUCCAAAACUCUGCCAUCCUAACAAUACAACCCAAACAACUGUCUAGAGAACAAAUCUCAGAUUCACAUGUGUACCUGGAAGUGAUAUCGAAGCAUUUUUCAAAAUCAAAGAAAAUGCCAAUAACCCAUGACAAUGGGUUUCUCUUCAUUCAAACAGACAAACCCGUAUACACUCCCCAUCAGCCAGGUAGAGAUCCUGAGGGAUCAAAAGUUGAUGUGGUUGAAGAAAAUGAUUAUACUGGAAUUAUCUCUUUUCCUGACUUCAAGAUUCCUCCCAAUCCCAAAUAUGGUGUAUGGACAAUUAAAGCUAAAUAUAAAGAAGACUUUUCAACCACAGCAGCCACAUCCUUUGAAAUUAAAGAAUAUGGCAUCCUCCUGUUGAUAAAUGGGAUUGCUCACGUCACAUUCAAUUCUGAAAUGGCAAUUAAAGAACUGUCAUAUGACGGUUUAGAAGAUUUAAACAAUAAGUACCUUUAUAUUGCUGUAACGGUCAUAGAAUCUACAGAAAUUCAGUCUCAAAUUAGAGGGGAUAAUGUGUUUCUAAAAAAGAGCCCAAUAAUAGUAUUUCCUUACAAGAUAACAGUGAAGGCCAAAGAAUCAGUCUGUGCAAAACCCCUAAACUGCCAGUUGCAUGUCAAAACUGAUGCCCCAGACCUCCUCGAAGAAAACCAAGCUAGCAAAGAUUACCAAGCAAUUUCAUAUUCAUCUCUCAGCCACAGUUACCUUUAUAUUGAUUGGAUUGAGAACUAUAAACCUUCACUUGUUGGAGAAUAUCUGAAUAUCAUUGUAACACCCAAGAGUCCAUACAUUGACAAAAUAACUCACUAUAAUUACUUGAUUUUAUCCAAGGGCAAAAUUGUACAUUUUGGCACCAGGGAGAAACUUCCAGAUUCUUCUUAUCAAAGUAUAAACAUCCCGGUAACACAGAACAUGGUUCCUUCAGCCCGACUCCUGGUGUAUUACAUUGUUACUGGAGAGCAGAAAGCAGAACUGGUGUCUGAUUCAGUCUGGUUAAACAUCGAAGAAAAGUGUGGCAACCAGCUGCAGGUUCAUCUGUCUCCAGAUGCUGAUGCUUAUUCUCCAGGCCAACGCGUGUAUCUUAAAAUGGAGACGGAAUCGGACUCAUGGGUGGCAUUGACUGCAGUGGACAGUGCUGUGUAUAGAGUCCAAGAAAGAGCCAAAAGGCCCAUGCAAAGAGUAUUUCAAGCUUUGGAGAAGAGUGACCUAGGCUGUGGGGCAGGUGGUGGCCGUGACAAUGCUGAUGUAUUCUACCUAGCUGGGCUCACCUUUCUCACCAAUGCCAACACGGACAGCUCCCAAGAACACGAUGAAACUUGUAAAGAAAUUCUCAGGCCAAGAAGAGAAUUGCAACAGAAAAUAGAAGAACAAGCUGCCAAAUACAGGCAUCGAGUGCCGCGGCAGUGUUGUUACGAUGGCGCCCGUCGCAACGAUUACGAGACCUGUGAGCAGCGCGUGGCGCGCGUGACGGUGGGGCCGCACUGCAUCCGGGCAUUCAACGAGUGCUGCACCAUCGCCAACCAGAUCCGCGCUAGGAGCUCCCACAAGGGCUUGCAGCUGGGCCGACUGCACAUACAGACCCUGUUACCAGUAACGAAGCCAGAAAUUCGGAGCUAUUUUCCAGAAAGCUGGUUAUGGGAAGUUCAUCGUGUUCCCCGGAGAAACCAGUUGCAAUUUGUGCUGCCUGAUUCUCUCACUACUUGGGAAAUUCAAGGUGUUGGCAUUUCAGACAGUGGUAUCUGUGUAGCUGACACUCUCAAGGCCAAGGUGUUCAAAGAUGUCUUCCUAGAAAUGAAUAUACCCUAUUCAGUUGUACGAGGGGAACAGAUUCAAUUGAAAGGAACUGUUUAUAACUACAGGUCUUCAGGGAUGGUGUUCUGUGUCCGGAUGUCUGCUGCAGAGAGCAUCUGUACAUCAGGAAGCCCAGAUGUGGACCCUCAGGGGACAAAACCCUCUAAAUGUGUGCGCCAGAGGGUAGAGGGCUCCUCCACUCAUCUGGUCACCUUUAGCCUGCUUCCUCUAGAAAUCGGCCUCCACCACCUCAACUUUUCACUGGAGACUUCAUUUGGAAGAGAAACUUUAGUAAAAACAUUACGCGUGGUGCCGGAAGGAAUCAAAAAAGAAAGUUAUGCUGGUGUUACUCUGGAUCCAAAGGGAAUUUAUGGUGUCAUUAGCAGAAGAAAGGAGUUCCCAUACAAGAUCCCAGUAGAUAUGGUCCCCAAAACAAAUGUCAAAAGGAUUUUGAGUGUAAAAGGGCUCCUUAUAGGGGAAGUUAUGUCUACAGUUUUGAGUCAAGAUGGCAUCGAUAUCCUAACCCACCUUCCCCGGGGCAGUGCUGAGGCAGAGCUAAUGAGCAUCGUCCCAACGUUCUAUGUGUUUCACUACCUGGAAGCAGGAAACCACUGGAACAUUUUUCAUCCUAACUCAAUGACUAAAAAACAGAUCCUGAAGAAAAAAAUGAAAGAAGGGUUGGUGAGCAUCAUGUCCUACAGAAAUGCUGACCAUUCUUACAGCAUGUGGAAGGGUGGAGAUGCUAGCACUUGGUUAACAGCAUUUGCUUUAAGAAUACUUGGACAAGUACAUGAAUAUAUAGAACAGAAUCAAAAUUCAAUUUGCAAUUCUAUAUUGUGGCUGAUUGAGAAUUGCCAAUUGGAAAAUGGGUCUUUCAAGGAAAAAUCCCAAUAUCAUCCAGUAAAAUUGCAGGGUACCUUGCCUGUUGAAGCUCAAGAAAAUACCUUGUAUAUGACAGCCUUUUCUGUGAUUGGAAUUAGAAAGUCCUUUGACAUUUGUCCCCUGACGAAAAUCAGCACAGCUCUAACAAGAGCUGACAGCUUCCUGUUGGGAAAUACCCUCAUGUCCCAGAACAUCUUCACCCUGGCCAUCGUGGCCUAUGCUCUCUCCCUGGGAGAUAAAACACACCCCCGGUUUCGUUCAAUUGUUUCAGCUCUGAAGAAGGAAGCCUUGGUGAAAGGUGAUCCACCCAUUUACCGGUUUUGGAAAGACAAUCUCCAACGUACAGAUAGCUCAGUACCUAACACCAGUACAGCAGGAAUGGUGGAAACUACUGCCUAUGCUCUACUCACCAGCCUGAGCUUGAAAGAGAUGAAUUAUGUCAACCCAAUCAUCAGAUGGCUGUCUGAAGAGCAGAGAUACGGAGGCGGCUUUUAUUCCACCCAGGACACCAUUAAUGCCAUUGAGGGCCUGACAGAAUAUUCACUCCUGAUUAAAAAACUUCAGCUGAAUAUGGAUAUCAAUGUCUCUUAUAAGCACAAAGGGGACUUCUAUCAGUAUAAGGUGACAGAUGAGCAAUUUCUUGGGAAACCAAUAGAGGUGCCUCUCAAUGAUGACCUCAUCAUCAGUACAGGAUUUAGCAAUGGCCUGGCUACAGUACAUGUGAGUAUUUAGUGGAGAUCUAAUGAGUCUGUUUCACCAGAUAGCACAGAAGUUAAGGACUUUGCAAGAAAUGAAUAUGGUAACUCAGGAUACAAGCGCCUAAUAGCGUGUGCCAGCUACAAGCCCAGCAGGGAGGAGUCUUCAUCUGGGUCUUCCCAUGCUGUGAUGGACAUCUCUCUGCCCACUGGAAUCAGCGCAAACCAAGAAGACUUAGAAGCACUUGUGGAAGGAGUGGAUCAACUAUUAACUGAUUACCAAAUCAAAGACGGGCACAUCAUCCUGCAGCUGAACUCCAUUCCUUCCAGCGAUUUCCUUUGUGUCCGAUUCCGGAUAUUUGAACUUUUCCAAGUUGGGUUUCUGAGCCCAGCCACUUUCACAGUAUAUGAAUAUCACAGACCAGAUAAACAGUGCACCAUGUUCUAUAGCACUUCUGAUACCAAACUUCAGAAAGUCUGCGAAGGAGCCAUGUGCAAAUGUGUGGAAGCUGACUGUGGGCAAAAGCAGAAAGAAUUGGAUUUGACAAUCUCUGCAGAUACCAGGAAAGAAACAGCGUGUAAGCCAGAGAUUGCAUAUGCUUAUAAAGUUAGCAUCAAGUCUAUGACAGAAGAAAAUGUUUUUGUCAAGUAUACAGCAACACUUUUGGAUAUCUACAAAACAGGGGAAGCUGCUGCUGAGAAAGACUCUGAAAUCACCUUCAUUAAAAAGAUGGCCUGUGCUAACGCUGACCUGGUGAAAGGAAGGCAGUAUUUAAUUAUGGGUAAAGAAGCUCUGCAGAUAAAGCACAACUUCAGUUUCAAGUAUGUCUACCCUUUAGAUUCCUCCACGUGGAUUGAAUAUUGGCCUACAGACACAACAUGUCCUUCAUGCCAAGCAUUUCUAGCUAAUUUAGACGCAUUUGCAGAAGACGUCUUCUUAAAUGGCUGCGAAGCCUGAACCAUGUGUAAUUUUCACUUACAGAUUCCUGUUGUUGAAGUUGCUCUUUUCUCCUUACUUUUUUGUAAACAUUCACAAUUGGUCUUACUUAGGAAGCUUCCUCUCCUUACAAUUAGUGGCACUUGCUUUUAUUAGAGAAGAGCUUGAAGAGCUGUCACUCUCUGGAAUAACAUGGCCUUGAAGAACAGAUGCUCCAAGGAUAGUGGACAUCAGGAGCAAUCCAAUGCACCACAUUCUAAAAUUGACCACGUGCGAAUGUCUGCUGGAACCAAAAGAAGAACCCCACAGACAUGCAGUAUCUUACGAAAACGUGGUCUUCGCCUGAAAGAAAGCACCA